AUGUGGGCUAUGCUUAAUAAUAAACGUUUCCUAUCGAUUGGUAUUGUGCUCGGUUUUAUUACAGUAAUCGUCAUUUUUCAAUUGAUAUUUUCUACGAAACACUACGACAGUGUUUCGUCAAUGAUACAAUAUAGAGUCAAUCAAAAUUACAAUCAUGCAACAUCGCCACGUAUAUUCUGUUUAAUAUUAACGUCACCAAACAGUUUUCUUUCACGUACAAAAGCUAUCAAUGAAACUUGGGCUCCACGAUGUGAUCGAUAUUUUUUCAUCACAGAAUAUAUUCCUGAAACGUUGAAACCCGAACAAAUUCAAUUCGCAGAACAAAUACCCAUUGCACCAAUUAAAAAUAUUACAGCUGGUUAUGAUCAUCUAACGCAAAAGUCUACGUUAGCAUUUUUAUUUGCCUAUGAAAAUUAUUUCAAUGAUUUCGAUUGGUUCAUCAAAGCCGACGAUGAUACAUUUUUAAUUGUCGAACAUUUAAAAGCAUUUUUACGAGAACAAAAUACAUCCGAACCUGUUACAUUCGGUUAUAAUUUUAAGGUUAUUGUUCCAAAAGGAUAUCAUUCAGGUGGCGGAUCCUAUGUGUUAAGCCGAGAAUCAUUGCGACGAUUCUAUGAAGCACAUCAAGAUCCAGCGUUAAACUGUCGUAAAGAUGGUGGUAGCGAAGAUGUCGAAAUAGCCAGUUGUCUUCGUAAAAAAGGUGUUUAUCCAGGCAAAUCUCUCGAUAAGCAAAAUCGUGAAUUAUUUCAUCCACUAUCAUUUGCUGAUCAUUUUCGUGGUACAUUUCCUGAUUGGCUUCUACAGUAUGCCGAAAAUCCAUUGGGAGCUCAUUAUAAUUGUUGUAGUGAUCAAACAAUAUCGUUUCAUUAUGUUCCACCGGAAGAACAAUAUUUAAUGAAUUUUCUACUAUAUAGGACUCAGGUGAAAUCAAAUAUUUUUAAGUCAAAUAGUUCAAUGACAUAA